CCCCCCCCCCCCACACACACACACACACACACACGUAUAUAUGCACGCAUGCAUUCACACUCUCCUCCACUCUCUGCCUUCCCGGUGCAGACUUGUCAAGAAGAGCAGAUGCGACCCGAGGAGCGGCUCUUUUCUUUCUUUUUUUAGAAAAAAAAAAAAGGGGGGGGGGUAAAAACUCAAGCCAUGUUGCCGGAACGGCUCGCGUUUUGCCGCCCGUCCAGAGUGGGAACAUUCGGCUGGGAUUGGAGCAGCAAUGAUUUUCGCUCUCGCCACUGAAGGGAUGCUCAGUUCGGAGCGGGAAUACUUCGACUCCCAGAGCGAGCAGAUUUAAGGAAGACUGGAUGUCAGGGAAUUAACGAAUCUCCCCCCCCUGGACUUUUUCAACAAGUCAACUUGAGACAAACAAAAAAACAACAACGACAAAAAAAACCCCACGCAAAUACGCAUCGUCGCACCAGCCAGUUGUUGGCAUCUGACUCGGAGCGAUGACUCCGGGAGGCGAGCGGCGGCGGACGACGGAGGAGUCGUAAUGAUCAUGCGGCCCCCGAGAGGAUGAUCAGCUCAGCGGCGGCCCGCUCGGAUCGCUCAGCCGCCUCGUCUCAGGUGAUCAGGGAAAGCCCGCCGGACGGCGAGUCAGCACACUCGCACGCUGAGAUGACCCAAGAACAGUGCAGUCAUAGGAACAAUGUCCAGAGUUCAGAGCAAGCGCAAGUGUACAAAGUGGGAAUCUACGGCUGGAGGAAACGCUGCCUUUACUUCUUCGUCCUGCUGAUGAUGAUCCUCAUCCUGGUCAACUUGGGGCUCACCAUUUGGAUCCUCAAAGUCAUGAACUUCACCAUCGACGGCAUGGGCAACCUGAGAAUAACAGCGCAGGGCCUCAAGCUGGAAGGGGACUCGGAGUUCCUUCAGCCUCUCUAUGCCAAAGAAAUCCAGUCCAAACCGGGUCGCCCCCUGUACCUGCAGUCGUCCCGAAACAUAUCGGUGAACAUCGUCAACAGCAACAACCAGCUGCUCACGCAACUCGUAACAGGAUCCAGCGGGUUCAAAGCGCAAGGCAAAAUGUUCGAGGUCAAAUCCACAUCCGGCAAACUCCUCUUCUCGGCCGAUGAGCAGGAAGUGGUGGUGGGCGCCGAGAGGCUGCGGGUGAUGGGCGCCCAGGGAGCCGUGUUCAGCAAGUCGGUGGAGACGCCGCACGUCCGGGCCGAGCCCUUCAAGGAGCUGCGGCUGGAAUCGCCCACCCGCUCCCUGCUCAUGGAGGCCCCCAAAGGCAUCCAGAUCCUGGCCGAGGCCGGCGACAUCCAAGCCAUCUGUAGGAACGAGCUGCGACUGGAGUCCAAAGACGGAGAGAUCUCCCUGGACGCCCGGCGCAUCCGCCUGACGCGCCUACCGGAGGGGAAGGCGUCGGCCGGCGCCUCGGCAUCCGGCAGCAGGCAGACGGUCUACGAGGUUUGCGUUUGCCCCAACGGGAGACUUUUCCUCUCGCAGGCCGGCACCGGCUCCACCUGCCAAAUCAGCAACAACGUCUGCCUCUAGGACUACCGAGCGCCACCUUAAGGCGGAACAGGACUGAUCUUUGAGGCCCCUGAUCCGUAUUUUUCUAAAUUAGAGAGGGGGAGGGGAGGGGAGGGGGGCACUGUAUUUAUUAUGUGAUCUUCCGUCACUUUCUACGUAAGGGAAUUUAAUCCGCUAUUCUAACUGAGACUUUUUUCUUUUGAUGUGCACUGAUCUGGACGGAGUCGCGCCUUUGGGAAUAUCGAAGAGGAAUAAUUGCUUUGAAAUGGCGCGACCCAAAACUGCCACGCACACCAUUUUAUCAAAGGUGAGAGACGCUGCUGAUUCGAUGGAAGAACCGCUCGGUGGAUCGCUAAGCCCCGCCCACUCUCCCGUCACUCAUCUUCUCCCCUGGAAUAUUUUUUUCUUUUUUCUUUUAUUUUUUUUUGCGUGGACUGUGCAACUGACGCCCUCAUGGUGGAAAUCUCUGACCCCAAAUGUUCUUUUUCCAUGUUCUCCAAACAGUUUGGGAUUUCAUGGUAGAAACCGAAAGCUCACCAUGCUGGAU